CAAGAAAUGAAACAAAACAGAGGAGAAGCAUGGAGGAAGAAACACAAAACCUAGUACCCAUAUCAGUGUCACCUCAUAGAAUAAGGGACACAACAACAAAGCUAGAGUUAACAGUAGACGAAGUAGUGGAAGAGUAUGUUGGUUCCUUGGGAUUCUCUCAAAUAAUUCAUGUGUUUCUAGUCUCACUUGCAUGGAUUUUUGAUUCUCAGAACACUCUGGUCACCAUCUUCACCGACGCUCAGCCAGCUGCAUGGCAGUGCAUAUCGCCUCCUUGCAUCCGCAAUGACACUGCCAACGCAGCUGCCGUGUGUAGCAUGGUUGCAGGAAGUUGGGAGUGGAUGGGAGGAAGUAAGAGCUCGAUUAUUGCAGAAUGGAGCCUUGUUUGUGAUCGCAAGUUUCUUGCUGCUGCUCCAGCUUCAUUGUUCUUCAUUGGUUCGCUACUAGGUUCUGGUUUUUAUGGGUGGAUUGCAGAUGCAUAUUUAGGAAGGAAGAAAACAGUACUCCUAUCAUGCCUUUUGUCAUCCAUAACCUCUUUCCUCACCUCCUUCUCCCCUAAUAUAUGGGUAUACGCUCUCCUUCGCUUCUCAAAUGGGUUUGCACGAUCUGGCAUUGGCAUUUGCUGCCUCGUGCUCUCUACAGAAGCCGUUGGACGCAAGUGGCGUGGCCAAGUAGGGCAAUAUGGCUUCUUUUUCUUCACAUUUGGCUUCUUUUCCCUGCCAUUAAUCGCCUAUCCUAAUAGAACCUGCUGGAGGAAUAUAUAUAGAAUAUUAUCUAUUCCACCCCUUGUAUACUCAUUAAUUAUAAUUCCCUUUGUGUCGGAGUCACCCAGGUGGCUCCUUGUUAAGGGAAGAAGCAAAGAAGCAUUUGAUAUAUUAAAAAGAUACGCACACCUCAAUGGGAGGAAGUUGCCUGCAAAUCUGUGUCUCUUGGAACCCUCUCAAGGGAAAACUGGCUGUGGAGAGGCAAGGAUGAAUCUCUGGUCGACUAAAUGGGCUGCUAAAAGGAUGAUCACUCUCAUGAUUGCAGGAUUUGGGGUUGGAUCUGUUUACUACGGGGUGCAACUCAAUGUUGAGAACUUGGAUUUUAAUCUUUACUUCUCAGUUGGACUUAACGCAAUGAUGGAGAUUCCAGCUGUUUUUAUUGGCAGUGUACUACUGAGCUUCACAAACCGUCGUUCACUUUUCUCAUGGUCAGCUUACAUUGCUGGAAUAUCGUCCAUCAUCUGCAUCCUAUUCUCUCGGGGGCUUAAGAAGGGAGUUGAAUCAAAAGGAGCCUGGACUCAACUACUUGUUGAAGGGAUAGGUUUCAUGGCUGCUUCAACAGCCUUUGAUGUUUUAUAUAUCUACUGUGUGGAGCUCUUCCCAACCAAUGUAAGGAACUUUGCGGUUUCUAUGUUACGACAGUCCUUGAUGUUGGGUGCAUCAAUAGCUCCUCUAUUCGUAGUUCUUGGAAGGUUGAGCCCCUCACUUUCAUUCCUUGUUUUCGGCAUACUUUCUAUCUUUAGUGGAACGCUUAGCCUCUGGCUUCCUGAGACAAAGGAUGCACCACUUUAUGAGACCUUGGAGCAACAAGAAGAUGAGGAGAAACUGAAUUCCCUUUCAGUGGAGUCAGCACUAGAACUUGGGAAGUAACUUUUAACUUCACUUGGCUGUUUGUCUAACCUUAAAAGUGUACAUAUUAUGUUAUGUUGUCUUGGGUGUUUAUCUUAAUAUUAAGUGUAAAUAUUUUGUUGUUGCGAUUUGUCUUCCUGAUCCUGUUUGGGAAAAAUCUAGCAAUCUGUAUGAUGGGGUUGCUUCAUGUUUUAUAUCCUUUUCAAGUUGUCUUUUU